UCCCCAUCGAUAUUGCAAGUGUGCUUUUAAAUUUUAAUUAAGAAUGAAUAGUGUGUGCAUUGACAGUGUAAAUGUUUCUUACAGGUUCAUUUAAUCUCAGAUUGACAUGUAUGAUAAUUUGUUGACCUUUUAGCUGCCGGUCUUAAAAGUCGUAUCAAUGUUGGUAUCUGAUUAUUUCACAGCGUCAACAUAGAUAUUAAGUCUGAAGAUUAGUUUAUGUGAUGAUGAAAACGUUGAAAUGCUGGCAUUUGAAACUCUGUUUUCAGAAAAUCUCAAAAAUUAGUUUACUUGUGUUGUAAAUUAUUUGUAAAUAUAUCGUUUAUGCGUAAUGUAAACUGUAGGAUUCGGGUAUUUUUUAAAGGAGAUGCUGAGAAACCAUAGUGUCUUUUUGUUGAAUGACUAAUUAAAGUGGAGAAAAAAUGUUUGCUUGGUUAAAUAUGGAAGCUUUUUGAGUUGUGUUGUGUUGUGUUAUGGGACUAUGGAGAGCAUCUAUGUCAGUCAUCCUGCUAUCGAGAAAAUCAGUGGUUCCACUUGUCAAGCCACAUAACUUCAUGCACUCGGAUGAUUACCUAGUUUUGGAAGAUGAAAGUGGGCGGGUUAAGCUCAACGGAAAUAUCAUUCCGCCUGAAUAUGUAACAGGAAUUGUGGUCGCUGUACUUGGAAAGGAAAGUGGGGCAGGUGACUUUUUGGUUCAGGAUGUACUAGAUGCUGGCUUACCCCCACAGAUAGAAUUCCCCCUUAAAUCAGGGGAAGACAAAUACGUUGUUCUUGUGUCAGGUUUAAGUGUUGGUAGCAGCACCUCUAAUCCUCUUCAGUUUCAGCUUCUCAUUGAUCAUAUUACGGGGCAUUUAGGGGAUGAGAAGGCACAACGUUUUGCAUCAAAAAUUGUUCAAGUUGUCUUUGCUGGAAAUUUAGUUGAGAUACCUCACAGAAUUCUUAACGGACAGAAUUUGGCUUCAGAGGAUUUUGCAAGAAUGUCUGAGCCAAUAAGGGAGCUAGACAUUCUGUUGAGUCAGAUAGCGGCUGGUUUGCCUUUGGAUAUUAUGCCAGGACCCAGUGAUCCUGCAAAUUUCUCAUUGCCACAACAGUCAUUGCAUGGAUGCCUUUUCCCUGGGUCAUCGACAUAUAAUACUUUCAGAUCCUGUACAAAUCCUCAUUGUUUUGAGCUUGAUAAUGUCAGGUUUCUUGGGACAUCCGGUCAAAAUGUAGAUGAUCUUGACAAAUAUUCAGAUGCAAAAGAUAAACUUGAAUUCAUGGAAAGGACAUUAAGAUGGAGGCAUUUAGCACCCACAGCACCCAAUACUCUUGGGUGCUUUCCUUUUACUGAGAGGGAUCCUUUCUUCAUUGAGAGUUGUCCUCACGUUUACUUUGUUGGAAAUCAAGAUAAAUUUGAAACUCGUAUCAUAAAGGGAUCAGAAGGGCAGUUGGUGAGACUCAUAUGCGUUCCUAAAUUCAGUGAAACUGGAGUUGCUGUUAUGCUCAAUCUAAAGGACCUCGAAUGUCAUGCUCUCAGUUUUACCCUUGAUCUAUAAAAUGGGUCAAGUAUAUGAGGUUAUUCAAAGUUUGUUUAUUGUGCUAUUAUGGGUGUAUCCUUAGACGUAAAGCGAAGAACUGAAAAUUGAAGCUUGAAGUUGACAGAGGCUACCUGUGUUUUUUUAGUCUGAUAUUUAUAGUCUAUUUAUGACCAUUUUUCUUUGUAGUUUUCAAUGUAACAUAGUAUUUACCCUUGUGUAUUUGUUUGACAAUGGAUAUAUAAGAUUUCAAUUCAGAAAAUGUUAAGUUUUCUUUUUUUUUUUCUUCAA